AUGGCCUUCAACAAAGUCUACCUCAUCAUCGGCUCAGCCUCAGGGAUGGGCCUGGCAACCGCCAAGUCCCUCCUCAGCCAGGGUGCCCGCCUAGCCGUCUGCGAUAUCAGCGAAUCAAACCUCGACGCCCUGGUCACCAGCCUCCCUGCCAGCCAGCAAACAAACAUCUUGGCGCGAGCUGUCGACGUGGUUAAUGCAUCGGUCAUCCGAGACUUCCUGCAGUCAGCAAAAGCACACUUUGGCAGAUUGGACGGCAUUGCCAAUUUCGCCGGUACCCCGGGCCAUGAACUUGGCACAGAGGGUAUCUGGGAGACAUCUGUGGCUGAGUACGACUACAUCAUGAAUGUGAAUGUUCGGGGGUUGUUCAAUGUGCUGAAUGUGGCGUGUGCGCCUGGCUUCAUGGAGGAUGGAGCGAGUAUCGUGCAUAUCGGGAGUAUAUUCUCCGUCCAAGGCUUCAAGAACGGUGCUGUCUUUGCGGCGUCAAAACACGCAGCAGUUGGGAUGAUCAAGAGUGUAGCUAAAGAGAUGGGAGAGAGGUUGAGGGUUAACUGUAUUCUGCCUGGUGUGAUUGAUACACCCAUGCACCAGGCAAAUCUCGACCGUGUCAAGGACUUUACACCGACUGCUCCCACGCCGAUUCCGAGAUCUGGCACUGCGCAGGAAAUUGCCGAGGUGGCCAUGUUUUUGCUCAGUGAGAAGAGCAGCUUUGUCACUGGCGUUGCGUGGAAUGUGGAUGGAGGUGCAAUUGCUUAA